AUGCCAUUGGAAGGAAGCUAUGCAGUAUGGAAUAAUCGUGGCGGUUCAGGCAAAACAAAUUUAACUUACCAUUUAGCUAUCAAAUAUGCAUAUCGAAAUCCAGACAAAACCGUUCUUGUUGUUGAUAUGUGUCCACAAGCUGAUCUUAGUCACGCAUUUCUUGGCGAUGACGAAGAUGGCCAUGAUUAUGUCUCACAAAUUGGUUCGCUCAAGAAAGAUCCAAUGAUUCUUGACGGUCAACAACGUAUACCACGAACAAUAUCAGGUUAUUUAGAUAUCUACACAUCCGUUGGUUUACCAAACAAUGUUGAUCCACGAACAUUUCUCUUCAAUGUAUCCAAAUUCAACAAUCAAUUACCUCGUAAUGUCUAUUUAUUAUGCGGUGAUCAAUCCCUAGAGUUAUUAUCGAAAGCUAUGGACUUAAAACGAAGUUCAAAUACAAUCACUCCUUAUGCUAAUCCAUGGCGUACAAUAACACAGAGUUUACGUGCUUUUGUACAUAAAAUAGGCGAACGACGUGGAAUUAAAUUAAUGACUUUUAUCGAUACCAACUCAUCGUUUAGUAUCUGUACAGAGAUAGCAUUGACGGCUGCUNUGCUCAUCAGACAAAUACCAUUAGUUUCAAUUUUUUUUUGUUUAUUAUACUUUAUUUUUUUGUUUUCUUAA